AUGGCCGACGACUGCAUCUCGCUAUUGCUCGGUAACUUCGGACCAUGGCAGGUGCUCCUAGUCUUUCUUGUGGCCAGCAGCAAUUUCUUCUUGGCACUAAACACGAUCGGCUCCGCUUUCUUGCUUCCGAGCGAGCUUCCCUUUCACUGCUCGGAACACAACGCCACCGAAGACGUCGACGCCUGCGAACUGCGACGACGAGGACGUUGCGGAACCGUUGUCUUCGACCAGACUGAGUACCGCAGCACCGCCGUCGAGGACUUCGAGCUCGUAUGCGAACGGCGCUGGCUUUCUUCGUUGUCCCAGUCGCUGGCCAUGGCUGGUCUGGCCGUGGGAGCGCUGGCCUUCGGCAGAUUCGCAGACCGCGGAGGCCGCAGGGCGUCACUGCUUCUGGGGGCCACGGUCCACGUCUCCGGUUGCCUCCUGUCCCUCGCGGCUUCCGGAGUGGGCAUCUACGCGCUUUCCCGCCUGGUGACGUCGCUCGGCGCUGCCUCCGCGACGGCUCUAGACGUACUGCUUGUCGAGUGCGUGGCACCUCGUCACCGCUACCUGGACUCGCUGGCCAUUGCCGUCGGCUUCUGCCUGGGUGCCCUGACGGCAGCCGGGCUGAGCAUCGCGCUGCCUUCUUGGAGGGCUCUCCACGGAGUCAUGCUGAUUCACGGCGCUCUGGUGUUCUCGUGUAGCCUGCUCGUGCACGAGUCCCCCCGAUGGCUUCUCAGCAGAGGACGCGUGGAGGACGCCCAGGAGGCGUUGCGCGGCAUCGCCACCUUCAACGGAGUGCACCGAGGGAAGAUCGCCGCGCACAUCCCUAAGUUGCUGGAACAGUACGAGGCUUCCGCGGCGGCGGAAGCGGUGGCGUGCCUUCCGAAUCUACGGGACCUCUUGUGCACUUCCAGGUCGCUUGGGCUAUACACGCUUUUCAUGUGGUUUCAGGCGGUCGUCCUGGGCCUGGUGUACUACACAUCGUCGCUAACGGGCACCUCUCUGGGCGGCCGCCCUCAAAUGGACUUUGCCUUCCUGUCCGCCACCGAGCUGGCCUGCAACCUGGCCGGCUGUGCGGCCGCCCGGUACCUGCCGCGACGGACCACCAUGGCAUCCCUGGCCGCGAUCCUGGCCUGCGCCCAGGCGCUGCUUCUGGCGUGCAGCGGCUACGCAGCGCGGCUGGGCGUCGGCCUGGUCGUCCGGGGUGCCGUGAGCUCUUACUUCCUUGUGUGCUUCCUGCACCUGCAGGAGUCGUACCCGACCGGGAUCCGGGGCCUCGGCGUCAGCGUUUUCCAGUGCGUUUUCUGGGGAUCGGCGGCGCUUGACCCCUUCGCAAGGAACGCCCUGGGGACCCUCCUGCCCGCCGUGUACGCCGCGGCGCUCCUCGUCUGCAGUCCGGUCGUGUUGUGUCUCGUGCAGGAGACGCUCGGGAGGUCGCUGGUCGACGAGUCGCCGCAGUGUGCUGACGGAGGCGACCGCUGUGCUGAACAACCGCGUGCCGAGCCUGGCACAGAGCUGGAAGUGCCAUUGCGGAGGUUUUGA